AGUGCGUGAUCAACGAGCGACGGGGCCAUCUUGACGCAGUACACACGCUAGUGUUGUUAGCCUGUGCAUUUCGAUUUUGAGUUUCUGCCAGUAAUACAGCAAUACUUAUUAAUCAUGGCUAUGCAAGCAGCGAAACGCGCGAACAUACGACUUCCUCCAGAGGUCAACAGAAUCCUUUACAUCAGGAACCUUCCCUAUAAGAUCACAGCGGAGGAAAUGUAUGAUAUCUUUGGAAAAUAUGGGCCGAUACGUCAAAUCAGAACAGGUAACACACCAGAAACAAGAGGAACAGCCUAUGUUGUUUAUGAAGACAUUUUUGAUGCCAAGAAUGCUUGCGAUCACCUGUCAGGCUUCAACGUCUGCAACCGCUACCUCGUGGUUCUCUAUUACAACGCAAACAGGGCAUUCCAGAAAAUGGACACAAAAAAGAAAGAGGAACAGUUGAAGCUCUUAAAAGAGAAAUAUGGCAUCAACACAGAUCCCCCAAAGUAGAAUUAUGAAAACAUCUCUUCCUCUUUUUUUGUUCUGUUGUCUUCACAAGCAAUGUUUUGUUUUUUUGGGGGGGUGGGUAAGUACUUCUACAUUCUUGCAAAUGGGCAUCUAUUUCAAAAACAUAUUUUCUGUUAAUUUGAGGGAUUCGUUGUCUUACAAUUAAACAUGCAAGUGUCAAGGUUGGAGUUGUUGGAAUGGAAAUAAUGUGCGGGCAUGGUAUUUUGCUACAUGUGACUCUGUUUUACCUGUAUUUAGAUUUUCUUUUUUGCCGCAUUACAACCUGAAUGUUUCCUCUCUUCUUUUUCAGCAAUAUUUGACUUUAAAUUGGAUUUCCUAAAAAUAAUGUUGCGCUGUUUGUAAAAUAAAUGUUUUGGAUUUUUUUCCACUCUUAA